GAGAGAAAGGGGUGCGGUGUUGCGUGACUGACUGCGAGGCCGAGCGUGUGUGUUUGUUGUGUUGUACGAAAUUUUUAUUCUCCUUUUGGGAAAAGGAACAUUCGCUUUUUUUGGGGGAGACCGUACGUUUGGAAGGGAAAAUUAUGUCGUCGUACAUCCAGGUUGCCGAAGACGAAGGCGACGAACCGAUCGAAUUGCCGACGGAGGACGAUAGCACACUUUUAUUGACUACCGUAACCGCCCAGUUUCCCGGAACGUGUGGCCUGAAAUAUCGCAAUCCAGAAUCUCGAACGAUGCGCGGCAUUCGUCUCGUUGACGGACGUCUUCAUCCUCCCGAAAAUGGAUGGGGCAAGGCGAUUUACUUUUGUGUUUUUCCAAAAGAGAACAAACGUAAAUCUGAUGACAAUUUGGAAAAUUCCACAGCUAAGACUAAAAGAAUGGAAACAAAGUUGCGUUGCACAGACUUGAUCGUACUUGGUUUACCAUGGAAAACAACUGAACAAAACUUGCGAGAGUACUUUGAAACAUUUGGCGAAGUACUCAUGGCUCAGGUUAAAAAAGAUGCAAAGUCAGGACAAAGCAAAGGAUUUGGCUUUAUUAGAUUUGGAAGUUAUGAGUCUCAGUUAAGAUGUCUUGCUCAGCGGCAUAUGAUUGAUGGACGAUGGUGUGAUGUCAAGGUUCCCAACAGUAAGGAGGGAAUGAUUCAGCAAGUACCCUGCAAGGUAUUCGUGGGACGCUGUACAGAAGACCUAACUGCUGAUGAUCUGCGCGACUAUUUCUCCAAAUAUGGCGAAGUGACGGACGUGUUCAUCCCAAAACCUUUCCGUGCAUUUUCAUUUGUUACUUUCUUAGAUCCCGAGGUAGCCCAGUCCCUGUGCGGCGAGGAUCACAUUAUUAAAGGAGUGUCUGUACAUGUGUCAAACGCCGCGCCAAAGUCUGAGGGGAACAAUAAGAAUUUCAAUAAUCAAGUGAAUUCGAACAUGCGUAGAGGCGCCCCAGGUCCCGUCGAGAAUAACGUGCAGGGAAACUAUCAGGGUAACAGAUACAUGGGCCACUCAGGUAACAAUAUGGGUCCAAAUGGCUGGAACAAUCCAGGGAAUCGGGGUAAUCUGGACAUGCCUAACCUCCAAGCAUUGGGCAUUACGGGGCAAAAUAACGGCGGUGGCGGCGGCGGUGGUAUGUCGAAUCCACUGGCAAUGGGAGGUCUGAAUUUAUCCGCGUUACCAGUCAACCCAGCUCUAGUCGCAGCUGCACUGAACCAAGCAUCUUGGGGUCUGAUCGGUAACUUGCAGAAUCAGGGAAACGAUCAGGGCUAUUCGAACCAGCCUGGCCCACCUGGUCAGCCACCUUCAGGCAACAAUAGUAUCGGUAACAGUGGAAACUCUGGCUUUCUCAGUUGGAUGAAUCAAGGGGGUGGUGAUGGUAAUACUGGCAAUCCUGGAACAGGUGGUCCAGGCCCGAAUAAUCCGAACGCAUCCCAAGGUGCUUGGCAGAAUCAUCCUGGACAGCGUGAUCAGAAAUCGAACACCUUCCUCAAGUACGAAUAGGCUGCGUGGAGGGUCCCAGUGUAGUCAUGGAAAGCGGCGAAUCCGUUCCUUUGAUCCUGAUAAACGAUAACCAACGGCAAGAAUCUAGGCAAGUGCGUGUAGGUACAAAAUAAUUUUCUCAUUUAUAAAAAGAGAACCAAAGCCUCUAUCGUUGGAGGGGAACGGUUUCUAAGAAUUUCUGUCCGUUUCGACGUGGAACGAACAGAGAGAAAUAGGACAUUUUUCUUCUUUUAUUUUGUUUAAAUUCAAUUUGAUUCGAUCAUAAUGAUUACGUAUCGUAUACAUAUAAAAUAGUAUGCUCCAUGAGAAAAAAGAAGUAACAAACAAAGAAUAAUCUUUUUCGUCUUUUUGCACGUCACACCAAAAAACAAGGAAAAAAAAAAGAAAUAUAUUUCUAACCCUAUCUCUCUCUUUUUCACUUUCCUACCGGCUUAUACAGAAAUUAGCACAAUAUUCAUCAAGUGCGUGUUUUAAAGAGGACGGAUAGCUUCGAUCAUCUGCAUCUGCAUACUAGUUGUAUGAUCUCAUUUCAAGCGUGCGGUCUAACCAAUUCAAAGAUAAUUAAUAUACUGAAAUGAUAAUGAUAAUGACGAGGAU